AUGAAGCCCCUCGACUUCAUCGAGUUAGUGUCCACCCAAAUGUUUAUGCCCGGUAAGACCCGUGGUUGUGAUUUUUGGGCUGGCCUGACAACUGACAUGUUCUGUGGUGAACAAUGGUUUAUGGUGACUUAUCGGACCUCGACGAUGGCCAUCACCAACUCAGGAUCACUCAACCACCAACCCACAUCGACAUCCUCAAACAAUAACUCGACCACCAACGCACUCUCACUGAGGAUCUCCAAGGUACUCGCCACCAGCCAAUUCGACGACCCUAACUUCCGCCAAGCGCUCGACACCCUCAACUCACUCACCUUCCAAAACCCUUCAUCUCCUCAUGUCGACUCAGAGAACUUGGGCUCCAAAGCGAGCGAGAUCGAUUGUCUCCAGUCCCUUAAGAAGGGCGGCCUCAGGAGAAUCGUCGAACAGCGUAUCCGGAAUCGUUCGAGAGAAUUCUUGAACGUAUUCUCCGAACUGAAUGAUGACUUAAUCGAUCUGCAAUCUCAUCUCGAUCAAAUGCACGAAUGUUGCGACGAAAUUCAAGAAAACCUAAAGAUGGCCAAUUCGGCUACUAAGUAUUUGCUAGAACAUGCUGAAGGAUUGAGGAAAGAAGACGAAGCAAUAGCCGCCAAACGAGUGAUAGUGAAAGCGUUUCUAGAGAAAUUUACGCUCAACGAGAGUGAGAUUCAAGCCUUGACGAGUCGAGAAGUGACGGUGAACUGGAGCGUGUUCGAGGCGAUGGAGCAUUGCGAACAGAUCCGAUCAGACUGUGCAACUCUCUUGACCGGCGACUCCCAGUCUCCCAAGUCCGAGACAGCCGGCUUGGAUAUCAUGCAAGCUACGAGCAAGUACCUCGAUAAGGGCUACGAUAAAGUCCUCAAAUGGGCUCUCUUCGAAUGCCGUUCUGGGUUGAUCAAGCCCGAUGAGGCUCAGCCCGAAGUGAGUCCAUUGAUGAAGAGGGCUAUCAAUCGUCUGAAGCGCCGUCCGGAGUCACUUGAGGAAGUUAUCAAUACCUUAACUGCAGCUCGGUCAAGUUCAUUAUCGGGCUUAUUUCUGGAGGCGUUGACUCGAGGAGGCCCGUCAGGACUACCCCGACCGAUCGAGCUCAUAGCGCAUGAUCCGAUCCGAUACGUCGGAGACAUGCUGGCAUGGAUCCAUCAGGUGAUGGCGAGUGAACACGAGUUUUUGGAGAGCCUAUUUGACCUCAAGGCGGAUGGCAGACGAGUCGGCGAGUCACGGAUCUUCCCAAUGACCGAUUGGAAUACCGGGGACCGCGAGAUGGCCAGGAAGUUACUCGAUAAACAUCUCGAAGGUUGCAUCCGUCCUUUGAAGAUCCGUGUCCAACAGACUGUUAACAGUCAAGAGGGUAGUCUCAUAGCAUGCCAAUUGGCCAGCCUUUUGGAGUUUUACCAGCUCACCAUGGCUGGUACGAUCGGACCGGAUGCAAAGCUGACAAAGACCUUGAGCGAGCUUACGGAUCAAUCCUAUGAAGUAUUUUACCAGCUCUUGAGAUCGCUUUCGAGUGAUUAUCUGAAACGGUUAGAGCCCCCGCCCGUGGAUCUGUCAGUCCCAGCGCCCCUGCGCGAAGCCAUGUCAAAUCUGAGCGUGAUCAUGUCGAUCUAUGAAGGCUCCACAGAGGAUGGUGCCUCAUCUUCCGAGCACUCGUUCGAGCGCGUCUUGGACUUGGUCGUCGAUCCGAUGAUGGAGGUGAUCGAUAAGAUGGCUCGGCUACGCGCUUCUGAGUGGGACCGAUCAAUCUUCUGGUUGAACUGCUUGGAAUUCAUGCUUGCUACUUUGGACUCAUCUAAUUCAACUUCGACCGUCGACAAACUCGAAAGUCUUCGGCAAACUCACCUCGAAAAGUUAAUCCAACAGUACACUGCUCAUCUGACCAGCACUUCUGGAUUGGAACCUGUUUUGAAAGCAAUCGAGACCAAAGAUCAGGAUACUCCACUCUCAAGAAUUGAAGAAGCAAACUCGAAAUCGAUCAGUGAAGCGCUGAAAAAGUUUGACAAAUUCUUAAUGAAUUUCGACACAUUGCUAUCCUCGAACAAGUUAUUAAGUCUGCUAAAUACCAGUAGUAGUGGUAGCAAUAAUUCGACUGGAGGAAAUUUCAGUAAGAGAAGGAGGAAGAUGCAAGAAGAAGGAGAAGGAGAAAGAGGAGGGUCUCAGAACUUGAAAGAGGUCAUCCUCAAGAGAUCGCUGAACGAUCUGGUGGCCAGAUAUCAGAUCAUCUAUGAUAACGUCUUGGAUGAUCGUAACCUGUUCGAGUUCAAAUCUACGAUCCUCAUUCGCUCACUGGAUGAGGUUAAAACUCUGAUCGGAUUCUUGUAA